GUAAAAUUUUAAUGAGAUUUAAGGCAAACAGUUUUUGUGUUAUAGCAUUCAUUGCUAUGGACCAGGGACUGCUUCAAGUAUUUUAUGUAUAUGAACUAGUCGAUUCUUCACAACAAACCUAAAGGAUUGUCAUCACCAUUUUCAGAUUUGAAAACUCUGGUCAUAUGAACUAGUUCUCUAUUAGCAGCUUUUCACUUGCCUGGAGAGUAGAAAUAAGAAUGCAUCAUAUAUUUUUUUUUGAUGUAGUCAUCAUGAACUCUAUUAGAUUACAAUCUAAGUUCUAAACUUGAAAAGGUAGAGCAAGCCUAUGACCACGUGAGGCUUUGGGGGGACAUCUAGACCCAAAGCAUAACAGACGGGUUGAUUGUGGUAAUUAUUACACAAUAUAUAUGUUAAGCAAAUCAUCACGUUAUAAACCUUGAAUAUACACAUCUUAUAUUUACCAAUUAAAUAUUUUAAAAUAUGAAAAUAAUUACUCUAUGCCUUUUGACUUGAAUCAUUAACCAUUAGUUAGGGAAAGAGCAUGUGAAAGUCUGCUUUUUUAUUUGGUACCAGGGAUUGUACUCAGGUCCUUGUGCUUGCAAGGCUGGCCACCAAACCGCUGAGCUAAAUCCCCAGCUGAAAGUCUGCUUUGAUGAGGUUAAAUUUGAUACUUUGGUGGAAAGCCACUGCUUAAGUUUUAUAAAAUAUUAAAAGCAAGAUGAAAUAAAAAUCCUUUUGAAAGUUUUUCAGCCUAAAUAUAAUGCUUAUACUUAAACAUAUCUAUUAAAUUAAUUUGCUUAAUUUACUUUAUAUAAUGCUAAGCAUCAUUCGAUUCCUUGCUUAGAUAAAUUUGUAGGAAAAUAAGUGUGUUAGUGGGUUGUAUGAUUUAGCUUUCUCAUUGCUGAUUCACAAUACUGAAUGGCCACAAAUUGAAGGAGGAAAUAUUUCAUUUGUUCAUGGUUUUGGUCCAUAUCCUCUGGCUCCAAGGCCAGAGUGGAAGAUUGUGGCAGAACAAAGCUGAUUAGUUCAUGCUGGGCCAGGAAGCAGAGCAAGAGAAGAGUGCCAGAGUGCAAGGGGCCAGGGACUAGCUCUAGAUCCCCAGGCCGUGCCUCCACGGCUAGGCAGAUAAACCCAGACAUGUCUUCCACCAACUCCUAGGGCAAAUCUGAAAGCCAGACAAUUUGAAACUCCACUCUAAGUGCCACAUGGGUGAGUAGAUACAAUUGUACUCUUAUGAACUGAUUUCCCAACUGUAAAUGCUUAACUAUUAUUCUCAUUUUAUCAAUGAGUAAACUGAGGCACCGAGGGGUCAUCUAGCCAGGAAGAGGAAAGCUGGAUUCAAAGUGUAGUACACAAAGUACAGAAGCCAGCGAGGAUGACCUUACAACUCUGGACAGGAAAGCCCUAUUACAGCACGGUUAUGUGUCCAGCCCUCGUCAUGCACAGCAUAGUUCAAGGAAAUCAGAUGCAGAAACUGUGGCUGCAGAGAAGAAGAAACAGACUGUUGCAGAGCAAAUGAUGAUAGAUCACUUAUCCAGGGCUGUAAUCAGUGAUCCAGAACAAAAUUUAAACAUUGAGAAACAAGGAACUGCUCAUACCCAUCCAGAUUCAAAGAGACCCCCUCUUCGACUUAGGAAAAGAACACUGCAUGAAACAAAGAUCAGGACCCACUCUACAUUAACUGAAAAUGUGCUUUCUCAUAAAGUACAAUUCGAUAGUAGGAUCAUAUCAAGAAAUGGACGUGAUGCCUGCAGAGAUUUGAUUGGGUUCUUUUUUACCAAUGACCAGUCCCUUACGAUAUAUGAAUAUCGGCAGUUUGGAAAAAAUAGAACAAAUGUGCUUCCAUUUAUUCCAAAAAACAUUUAUAGUCAUCAAUGCGGACGAAGAAAAGGAAAACAGUACCAACUUGGUGACUUUUAUAUUGGUGGAACCUUGACAUUUCUGAGCUCUGAUCAUUCAAAUCUUCCACAAAGCAUAAAAGAAAAUAUAUUACUUAGACUUCGAAUCACAAAUAUUGAUCAAAUAGCUUUGGAUUCUGUGAAAACUACAUCCAUGGCACAUGAAGAAGAUAUAAUUAUUCAAGAAACCAAAGAUAGGCUGGCCUUUAAGGGCAUUCAAGAUACACUGAAAGAAAAACUGCAGAAAAGAGGUGUUCGCAUUUUGAUGGGAUUGGGAAAAUACUUUCAACAGUUGGACAAGGAAGGAUGUGGAUUUUUAAAUAAGGCAGAUUUUAAGCAAGCUUUAAAAGUAUUUCACUUGGAAGUAUCUGAAAAGGAUUUUGAAUCCUCAUGGAUAAUUCUGAUUGCCAAUGGCAACAGCAAGGACAAAGUUGAUUAUGGAGAAUUCAGACGUGCCAUUAUUGGUGAAAUGAAUGAAUAUAGAAAAUCAUUUGUUCGAAAGGUCUUUAUGAAACUAGAUUUCAACAAAACUGGUGUUGUGCCUAUUAUAAACAUAAGAAAAUGUUAUUGUGCAAAGAAACAUCCUCAAGUAAUUUCAGGCCAUUCCACAGAGGAGGAAAUCAAAUCAUCUUUUCUAGAAACAUUAAAAGAUGCCAGCGGCAAGUCUGAUAAAGUGUCAUAUGGUGAAUUUGAAGAUUACUAUGAAGGUCUAAGCUUAGGGAUAGUAGAUGAUGAAGAUUUUGUUAACAUUUUACGUACUCCAUGGGGAAUUUAGUUUUUAAUAAUGCAUUCACUAUCCGCUUUAGGCAGUUUAUAGAAGAGAUGAAUUUUACAAAAUAUAUGAUCAAAGCCU